AUGGAAGAGAAGAAAGUUACUAUGGCUCUUAUUCUCAUGCUUGUUCUAGGUUUUGGGAUGGUGGUCACAACACUGAGUAAAGGUGAAGCUAAUGGUGAGUGCAUUGACGAACAACCCUUAGUUAUCCACUGUGUGUAUUAUUUGGCUUCAACAAGCACAAGUAAACCACCUGCACCUGCUUUUUGCUGCGAAGGAGUCGCAGCAAUGUUUCACAAUGCCAACACCACUCAACGUAAAAGAACAGCUUGUAAGUGUCUGCAAAAGAAUGCAGCAUUUUUUCAUUUUGAUCCCGAAAAAGUGAAACGGCUUCCACAAGAUUGCAACAUUUCCUCUUAUUUUCCUAUUGACCCUAGAGAGAAUUGUGACUCGAUUCCAUGA